GUUAUUUUUUUCGGUCACAGGACGCGAGCAAAGCAGAAAGCGAAAUCUUAGUAAAGACAGUUUCAAAUUAGCUUACUUUCUUAUUAAUUAUAAGUGCGUAAACAUGUCGGAAUGGGAUACGGUCACUAUUCUUCGCAAGAAACCGCCGAAAGCAUCAGCUUUAAAAACUGAGCAAGCAGUAAAUGCCGCACGCCGUCAAGGUUUACCAGUCGACACCCAACAAAAAUAUGGAGCAGGUACUAAUAAACAGCAUGGAACCACAAAAAACACGGCGAAACUUGAUAGAGAAACUGAAGAAUUAAAACACGAGAAGAUACCACUGGAUCUUGGAAAACUUAUCAUGCAAGGACGGCAAGCAAAGGGCAUGAGUCAGAAAGAUUUGGCCACAAAGAUCUGUGAGAAGCCGCAAAUAGUAAAUGACUACGAAGCCGGUCGCGGUAUUCCUAAUAACUUGGUACUUGGGAAGAUUGAAAGAGCAAUUGGAAUAAAACUUCGUGGAAAAGAACGUGGCCAGCCACUACAGCCUCCUGGAGGAAAAAAAUAACGGAUUCCCUGGGAGGCGAAGACUAUACUCCGAUUUGUUGACUGCAUACAUUUUAUUUCUCACUCUUAUUUGCUGUUGGAUGUGGUUCUAUCAUAAAACUUGAGUGAUACAAGGAUAUAAGCAAGCAUUUAUUUUUAUUUUGCAAUAUAGAAUAUUCUGUGACGAGUUACCACCAUGAAAAUAAUUUUCAAUGUUGAUUCUUUCCGGCAAGAAAGGCCCCUUUCGUGAAAUGUUUGUAAUAUUAAUACAUAAUAAUAAUGUAAUAGGCAGUGUUGGCCGAAACGUUAAUGCAAUUAACCAUUAACCAGUACAAAUUGAACCGUGAACUGUAACCAUACGUUACGGUUCAAUUUGUAAAGUUGGGAAAAGCGUGGAUUGAAUAUAUGGGGUAGUCGCUUGAAUAAUUUGCGGUUCGCUGAUGAUAUUGUCUUGCUGGCAAGUGACCCCGCUGAACUUCAAAGCAUGAUCCAAGAACUCAGCGAUGCUUCCAUACGGUGUGGGCUGGAAAUGAAUCUAGACAAGACAAAAGUUAUGACCAACACAGAUGUCAAGGCGAAUAUCACAGUUAACCAUACCGCCAUCGAAACUGUCGAUAAAUACGUGUAUUUGGGACAAGAGAUAGUGACUGGAAAAAAGAACCAAACCAAUGAGAUCAACAGACGCGUACGACUAGCCUGGGCAGCCUAUUCCAAUCUCGAGUUUGCCUUCAAAAUGAACCUUAAGGCCGAACAAAAAGCACGCAUAUUUGACCAAUGUAUCCUGCCUGUUCUCACUUAUGGAGCUGAAACCUGGGUUUUCACCAAAGACAUACUACGUAAAUUGAGCGUUGCCCAGCAGGCGUUAGAGAGAAAAUUGGUGGGGAUCACAUUGAGAGACCGUAAAACAAAUGAAUGGCUGAGACAACAGAGCAAAGUUAAUGAUGUUAUAAAACGCGUAGCCAAUUUGAAGUGGGAAUGGGCUGGUCAUAUAGCACGGAAGACCGAUUCGUGGAGCAAACGACUACUCGAGUGGCGACCAUGGGGGGAAGAGCGUCCUCAAAGUAGACCCCAGAUGCGCUGGGACGACGACAUUAAGAAGACUGUGGGGAAACAGUGGCUCCAAGUCGCACAGAACCGCGACGAAUGGCGCAAAAUGAAGGAGGCCUACACCCAAAGGGUAGAAAAAGGCUAAAGAGAGAGAGAGAGAGAGAGAGAGAACGUUCGGCCAACACUGGUAAUAGGUAUCUAGUUAUGGUUAAUAUUGUGGUUCUUUUGUAUUCAUGAAAAACUAAUGAAAGAUGUAAACUGAUAUGAUUGGUCA